UGUGGUAGGAUGUCCCAACUGCCUCAGCACAGCGAUAAACUAAACCGCUCUUUACUGGCACAGAGCAGUGAACUGCGAACGGAGGCAGUCGUAUUCGCUGCGCAAAGCUGGCUGAGUCAAACGCAAGUAGCCUCCUAGUACUGUAGUGUAGCUCCGGUCAUUUGGCAGCCGGUGCGACCUGACUGAAAAGACACGGUCCCAGUCACGACUACCGGUGUCCGGAAGGAAAUAACGGACGGCAAGGGGACCUGAUAUCGGGAAUUAAUUAGCAAAAUAGCGACACGUGGAGCAACAGAAUAAGGAGAGAAAGAAAGACAUCCCGGCAGAAAGAAAAGAAAAGAACAAGACGCAAAGGCUCCCCGUCUGUCGAGUCCGAAGAGGCGCCCCUGGUUGCCGCCUGUACAGGUCACCUCAAGCGUGACGGCGCGGCACAAUGGAGGCUUGACCCGCUGUCCCCGAGACAGCUAUCAGAAAGCAAAUAUUUAAACUCAUUAUACCUCUGGCUCCCAGAGCGGCUUACGCUGGGGCCUACGACGGAAGGAGAGAGAGAGAGAGAGAGAGAGAGAGAGAGAGAGAGAGCGAGAGAGGAAGGAAGGAAGAAAAAAAGAGGGGGGGGCAGAGGAGAAAAAAAGAGAGCAAACACAUUGAGGGUGAACUCGGGCGGCUAUUUCUGCCACGCUGUGGGCAGAGGAACGUCUCAUUUGGGAGCGCUCUUGGACUGCAGCUAAAGGAUUUCCCUGUGCCCUGCCUGUUUAUCCAAAUGCCUGUCUAAAUACUGGAUGGAGAUAUCAGUUUUGUAGCCGCUCCAAAAAGGCGCCCCGACAAAAAGAGUCUAACUAUAGCACAGCCUGAAGCUUCAGCGGCCCCCCCUCCUCUUGAGCCCCCACAGGAGAGAAAGAAAGAAAAAAAGCAACAAAAAAGAAAAACACAAACAAAGUUAAAGGAGAUUAGCUGUUUGUUGUGCGAUAGCUUUCAGAUCUUAAACUGAGAAGUCUCACCAACAUCAAACGCAAACGAUCAGAUAAUCUUCCGGAAUAAUCCGCCCCGGCUGUCAUCUAGAGACUUCAUCUCCUGUGAGGCGAGGCUGUUUUUUGGGGGAGGACGACUGCUCUCUUUCGGCUGCUGCCUGCUUUGAUGCAUUUGCCCAUCGGGGUGGAGCAGGAUGAAGCCCCUGACCCCCAUCGGCUCCCCGUCCCCCCUGCGCCUCCUCAACAAGGGCCCGGACUACCUGCGCUGGCAGAUGGACACGGGCAACCGCGGCCGGUCGGUCAGCGCCGUGGAGCGGCUGGAGGCGGACAAGGCCAAGUACGUCAAGAGCCAGCAGGUCAUUAACACCAAGCAGGAGCCGGCACUGGUGCCGUGCGCCACCCCUCCGCCCCCUCCGCGCCGCCCGCUGGCCGUGUCGGCCUGCUCCACGCCGCGUCUGGCCCACCGCUGGCCCCAGAACGGCUUCUACCCGACCUUCUCCACGCCGCUCUCGCCGCGGGACGACAGCGAGGACGACUCCAGGAAGGAGAACCGCCAAGGACGAGACGACGACGACGAUGAUGAUGAUGAUGAUGAUGACGAUGAGGUGGAGGUGCCCGUGAGGAAGAGCGUGGAGGAGCGGAACCGCAACAACGCCAAGCGCGUGCUCAUGCCGUCCCCGCGGAUGCCCAUGGUGGUGUCCGUGCCGCUCGUGGCGCCCCACAGCGCCCCCGUCCUGCGCCGGAGCACCGGCAAGCGCAUGCUGCGGCCCGACUCGCUCGUCAUCUACCGGCAGAAGAAGGAGUGCAAGUCGCCCACGGUGACCGUCGCCGGGGGCAACAACGGCAGCGCCGCCGCGGAGACCAAAGGCUACAGCUUCGUGCGGCGGCUCUUCCAGGGCUCCAUGCGGGAGAAGAGCGGCGGCGGCGACAAGAUGACCAUCAGCGAGGAGAAGGCGCCGUCCAGGGACGGAGACUCGCGCAUGUCCUGGUCCAACGACAAGAACUCGGUGGACGGCGGGACCGGCGGCAACGAGACGCGGCGCUCCAGCCGCUCCGACCGGGCGCGCUCGGUGGAGUCCGACAACGGGAACGUCGCCAGGAAGCUCAACGGAGCGCUCAACGGCACGGCGAGCGACCACUCGAACAACAACACCACCGGCACGUUCAACACCACCACCACCGCCACGACUACGGACGACGACAUGGACCCCUGGAAGCCGGUGGUUCCGGUCGUGGCCCUGCGGACGGGCCUGCGGCGCUCCAAGUCGGAGCUGCGGCUGCGCUCGUCCUCGCUGGCGCUGUCCGAGCAGGAGCGCUUCUUCGACUUCUGCGGCCUGGGCCUGGACAUGGUGGAGUGGCUGGGCCCCGAGAACUUCCUGUCGGGCGCCAGCUCCAUCGACACGCUCUCGCUCAUCCUGCGCAGCGUGGGCGGCACCGGCGGGGGCGGAUCGGAGCCCAGCGAGUUCUCGCGCCACUCAGGCGAGGUUGGCCUGUUCCAGGAGGAGCUGGCCGAGCAGCUGCCCACCGGCGUGUCCAUCAUCGAGCGCAACGCGCGGGUCAUCAAGUGGCUCUACGGCUGCAAGAACGCGCAGAAGGAGGGGCCCAAAGAGUCCACCGUGUAGCCACACUGACCGGUCCACUGACCCCAGCACAGUGGGCAAGGGGCUGAAGGACUAAAAGCCCCCAAAUGGCAGAGCUGUUGCGCCAUAACAGAAGUACUUCUGACAGAUCGAUAUGCUGUAUUUAUUUCUUUCGAGAAUAUGUGAGAGACUGUUAAGUCCUGUGAAUGCACCCAACCCUUCACCCUUUUUUGCAACAUACUGAAACCUGCCCUCCUCCUGAAGAUAUGAUUUUAGGAUGAUGCAUUUUUUACUGGUCGCCUGUUUCAAACAUCUCUCUUCUGUGUUAUGCUAAAAAAAAAAAACUGUUUGUCAUUUACUCUCGACUCUGUGAUACUAGGUCAUGUUGUAAUGUGUGUUACUGCACCAACUGUGUUGUAUGGUUAACAUGCCACUGCAUCCUGUGUCUUUGCAAGUUAAUAAUUCAGAACAGACAAAAAAAAAAAACAGUGAGUUUUAUUUCCCCCUGACCAGAAGAAGUGAUGUGAGUAUUAAGUGAACCGUGUGUACCUCAUUCCCCCCACUGUCCCAGAUUACUAUGGGUUGUGCGUGUGUGUGUGUGUGUGUUCAUAUUUUUUUCCUUCCUUAAACGCAGGCGUUGGAACAAACAUGCAAUGCACCCCUAUGGGGGCUGAAAAGCACUGAACUGGAGUGAAAAGGAGAGAGAGAGCGAGAGAGCAAGAGAGAGAGAGAGAAGAUAGAGAAAUAACAUAGACCUACGAUCUCUUAAAUUUACUGUGCAUAAAGAAUACUGUGCCUGAUAAACCAAGAGUACAAUCUCAUAAUAUUCAAACUCACUCAACAGGCUCAGAUCAAGCUUAGCUGAACCAAACAUGCACCACUGCACAUUGUGCUGACUGAAAUGCUCUAUAGUUACAAAUCCAUAGAAACAGAGUGUAUUGUGUCUGUUUCUAUGCGGAGAUCUCUCCAUGUCACGGAAUAUUUCCAGCAAUACCAGAUAACUCAUAGACUAGAUCACUUGUUACUGUUACAGUCAGUAUGUGUCACUUUUCCAAGAAAACAAAGCAAUAAUCAUCAAAUACUCUUCACUCCGCGCACAGCUCCAGACUCUGUAGCAUGAUGAGGCGGCUAGUGAGCUUUAUUCCCCACUCAGCCGAAUAGUGUUAGGGUGUCUGACACGGCAUGAAUGACACUCACAUCAAGGCACACUCCCACAGGGCCCACAGCACUCCGCCAAUGUGUCAGACUGUGAGCUGUCUCUCCGCCUUACAACGUGCAGGGAGAGCGCUAAGGGCCCUUUUAAUCAACACCCCCACUCGCACACACACAUACGCACACACACACACACACACACACACACUCUCACACAUACACCCCCACUCUCACACAUACAGACACACGCACACUCUCACAUACACACGCACUUUCACACAUACACAUACACUCUCACACACACUCUCACACACACACACACACACACACACACACACACACCUUACCUAAUGCCCUCAGUCAGUCAUUCACACUUUAGUUAAAAGCAGUGUGUAGGCCAGGGGUCAUAGCAGACCCACUGAAAACUGGACAGGAGAAUUACAGCAGUGUGCGUGCAGGUCACUAUAAAGCAUGUGACCUGUAUGGAAAUUCUGACAUCCCCACAACUAUGAUAGAUGCCUUGUAUGACCUGCUCUAAAAGGGUUCUCUUCUCUAAAUCUGCUGGAACUGGUUUUUGAUCUGUUGGUUUUUGAUGCGGAUCUGUAUGCUGAAGGUCCGAAAGAAUGGCCGCCUGGCCACGGCCAAACUGGAAAUGCUAGAGAGCUGUUGUGUUUGCAUGUUUACAGGAGGGUGUGUGUAUAUAAUUCUGCAAAGAUUUUCUUUCUAUCUAUGAGAGGUUUAGAUUUUAUUCCAAAGAACAUUGUGUAUUAUUUACACACAAGGUCAACAUAAUAAAGUACUA